AUGGAGAAAGGAGAAAGGUACACAUCAAAAGAGAUGGUGGAACUGCAGGAAAACCCUGAAGGCAUGCAACCCCCCCUGGUGGUCGAGCAGGUUGACCUCGCCCCAUCCCUGGCCCUUGGUCUGGGUCUCCCGGUCCCUCGCAGCUCUGUGGGUCGAGUCUUGCCCCAGAUCCUGGAAGAGCUGCCCCUACGAGACCAACUGAGACUCCUGCAUCAGAACGCGCUUCAGCUGAGCCGGCUGGUUCAGGACACAAACCAGGACUAUGAGAAAGAUGUUGGCUGGGAGCAGUUCCGUGUGGCUGUUCGCUCUCACAGCAGCUGGCUGAAACUCGUGCAGGAGGGAAACACGUCUGAAGUGCUUCUCAACAUGGGGCAGAAGGUCCUGAAGCAGUAUCUCCAGGCGCUGGUGUCCAUGAGUGAAGCUCUGAGCCGACAACUUGGGAGAUACGACAUGUACUCUGUGGUGGUGGGGCUGCUGCUGGUUCUACAGCUGCUGGUGCUGCUGCUCUUGUCUCUGCCUGAAAGCCUCAGCGGCGCCGCCCUGGUGGAUGUGCCACUGCAGUGCGUGCUCUCCUUGGGCUUCUUCUUGUCGUCUUUGCUACUGGGAGCGGUUCACGUGUGUGUGUGUACGUCUUCGCACAUGGGCUUCCUCUGCUCCGUACACUGGAGCCUGCCGUUGUCUGCUAUCGGCCUCAUGGGGGCGCUGUGCUGUGUGAACGCAGUGAUGACCCUGAGGCGGCUGCGGCCUGCGGAGAGGCACGCCAAGCCCUUGUCUUCUGGAGCCUGGUCUUUCUCUGAACUUGACUUGGUGUUGCUCUGUGGGACUCUAGGCCACGCCCUACUCUUAGGCUCCUCCUCCUUCGUUGAAGAGGAACACCAAAUAUGGUACUUCCUGCUGAACACGCUCUGCCUGGCGCUGUUUCAGGACGUGUGUCGGCGAUACUUCAGGGAGCGCCCUGAAUCUCUGGGGCUUGCGUCUUGCAAUGCCGACCUCCCCAACCCUGGAGACCCUCGGGACUUUGGCGUUAGCGCAGAGCGGGGGUUAGCUUUAGCCACUCCUCCCUUCACCCUGAUCUGUUGUCGUCUGCUCCGAGCUCUGAACCAGACCGGAAUCCAGUGGGCCCACCUGCCCGACCUGGGACACUGGCUCAACAGCUCUGAACACCAGGGGGUGUUGUCACUCCUGUCGGCUCUGUGCCUCGCUCUGAUCUUCUUCCUGGUCCAGAGGAAGUGUUCAGUCGUGUCCAAAGUCGCACUCGCCCUGGGGCUGAUGGGAGUUUACUGCUACAGAGCGGCCAUCGGCAACGUGAGCUUACCCUGGCACCGAGCACACCGCCACGCCAGCAAGGGCACCGUGGAGGCUCGGUUUGUGUACGUCUUUGUGCUGGGUCUCCUUUUCUCGGGGACCAGAGACCUACUGAGGUCCCAGUUUGGCUCUCUGCGCGCGCAGGGGAGCCUCCGUGCGCUGCGGUCGCGGGGGCUGUGGGAGGUGUAUGCUGGUCUGGUCCUCACAGUGGCGCUGUUGCUGCGGGCGCACAACCUGCCUGUGCUGUGCUGGUCUCUGCUCACACAAACGCUCAUGUCCCAGUGUGUUUGGAGUGCGCUGAAGUACGACGCAGCACAGGUCACCAUCAUGCACGCGUGGUUCGGGCAGGCCGCCUUCUACUACCAGGGGAACUCUAACAACAUCGGCACUGUGGACAUCUCUGUGGGCUUUGUGGGUCUGGACCGCUACAUGGAAGCUCCUGCGGUGCUCCUGACAGCACUUAGCACUUAUGCCGGACCCGUCCUGUGGGGGGCGCACCUGCUCUGUUACCUCAGCUACAGCAGGUGUCCUUCAGCCGUCUCUCACGCCUCCUUCUGCCUGGGCCUUCUACGCUCAAUCCCUUGUGUGGUCUUCAUGGUCCUCAUCACAGUUCUCAGAUAUCACCUUUUCAUCUGGAGUGUGUUCUCCCCAAAGCUCCUCUACGAAGCCAUCCACCUCCUAAUCACUGCAGGGCUGGUCCUGGUCUACAGUGCUACAGAGACCAGACCAGGGCUGGACGAAGACUGA